UGUCGGACACCAGUGUCAGACCCUUGCCAGUUGUGCCCUGUUGAACCCUAGAUUGUCUUAUUGGAACAUCAAACCUUUGCUUUGCUAACUGACUUUGCCUUUUGGAAGAUGAACUGACCCCGCUGCACAGAGAAAAAACAGAUGUGGAAUAAAUGACCUUACUCCUCCUUCAGACCCAAUCAGGGUACACACAAAAAUUACUUGAAAAGUGUCUGGGAAGAACUUACAACUGGACUUCUUUCAGAUUGCCCAACUUCAAGCAAAUAUUUCCAGAAAUCUCUUGAUAAUAAGAAGGGAAAGUUAAACUUGUUUUAAUUCCGUUGGGAGUUUAAUGCAUCUUAGAAUGAGGAUGGAGAGGAGCAGUAGCAUCUCUGAAAGCAGAAUUACCUUGGUUCUCUUUUUUUCCCAAAUUAUUACAGCACUGGACGUACCUCUUGAUCAUUUUGCACAAAAAGUACCACAACCUCCAACAAUAACACAACAGUCUCCAAAAGACUAUAUCAUUGACCCAAGGGAGAAUAUUGUAAUACAGUGUGAAGCAAAGGGAAAGCCACCUCCUAGCUUCUCUUGGACACGCAAUGGAACUCAUUUUGACAUCGAUAAAGAUGUACGGGUAAGAAUGAAGCCACACUCAGGAAACCUUAUAAUAAAUAUUAUUAAUGAAGAAAAUGGAGGAAAGGCAGAAACAUAUGAAGGAGUUUAUCAGUGCACAGCAAGAAAUGCACUUGGAGCAGCAAUUUCCAAUAAUAUUAUUAUACGGUCAUCCAGAUCCCCAUUAUGGACCAAAGAAAAACUAGUUCCAAAAACAGUAACCGAAGGUCAAUAUGCAAUACUUCCCUGCAGACCACCAGUGGGAUUGCCACCACCUAUAAUAUUUUGGAUGGAUAAUUCUUUUCAAAAGCUGCCUCAAAAUAGUAGAGUUUCCCAGAGUCUAAAUGGAGACCUUUAUUUUUCUAAUGUAAAACCAGAAGAUAGCCGUGAGGAUUAUAUAUGUUAUGCAAGAUUUAACCACACUCAAACUAUACAACAGAAGCAACCCAUUUCUUUAAAAGUUGAACCAGUGGAUUCAUUGAAUGAAACUAUAACUGCUAAUAUGAGUGACUCUGAUUUUUAUGGUGCCAGGUUAUCUCCAGAAAGACGCCCAACUCUUCUACUACCUACUGGAAGCACAAGUAACAAAACAGAGCUAAGAGGAAACACCCUUUUGUUGGAGUGCAUAGCAGAAGGAUUACCAACACCACUUAUUCGCUGGAUUAAAGAAGGUGGUGAGCUUCCUGCCAACAGAACGUUCUUUGAAAAUUUUCAUAAAACCCUCAAAAUCAUAGGCAUUUCUGAAGCUGAUUCUGGAAAAUAUAAAUGUAUUGCAUCAAAUCUUUUGGGUUCCGCUCACCAUGUUAUAACAGUCACUGUUGAAGCUGCACCUUACUGGAUAAGAGAACCUACAAACCUUGUAUUAUCCCCUGGAGAAAGUGGUUCUUUGAUCUGCAGAGCAAAUGGCAAACCCAAACCUAGCAUAAGCUGGUUAGCAAAUGGAGUUGCAAUUGCAAUUGCUCCAGAAGAACCUAGUAGAAAGGUUGAAGAUGAUACCAUUAUUUUCACUGAUGUACAAGAAAGGUCAAGUGCUGUUUAUCAGUGUAAUGCCUCUAAUGAAUAUGGAUAUUUACUGGCAAAUGCAUUUGUGAAUGUUCUAGCUGAGCCACCAAGAAUACUCACUCCUCAUAAUGAACUCUAUCAAGUCAUUGCAAACAAACCAGCACUUCUAGACUGUGCUUUUUUUGGUUCACCUGUGCCUGAAAUUGAAUGGUUUAAAGGAGUGAAAGGUAGUGUUCUCCAAGGAAAUCAGUAUGUUUUCCAUAAUAAUGGAACCUUGGAAAUUCCUGUAGCCCAGAAGAAUAGCACUGGCACAUACAUCUGUGUAGCAAGAAAUAAACUCGGCAAAGUACAAAAUGAAGUUCAAUUAGAAAUCAAGGAGCCAACAAUGAUUAUUAAGCAGCCUGAAUACAAAAGCAUACAAAGGAAUGGGCAAGUUUCCUUUGAAUGUGCGAUUAAACAUGAUGCUACCUUAGUACCUAUAGUUACAUGGUUGAAAGACAGUGCUGAAUUGCCAAAUGAUGCAAGGUUUAUUGUUGGUAAAUACAACUUGACCAUUAUGAAUGUCACCGAUAAAGAUGGUGGAACAUACAUUUGCAUAGCUAAUACUACCCUGGAUAGUGUUUCUGCAAGUGCUGCGCUUACUGUUGUUGAUUGUCCUGAUCCACCUUUUGAUUUGGAAUUAACAGAUCAUCUAGAAAGAAGUAUUCAGCUCACUUGGAUACCGGGCAAAGACAGUAAUAGCCCUAUUACAAAGUUUAUCAUUGAAUACGAAGAUGCCAUGCGCGAACCAGGGAUAUGGAACUACCAGACAGAAGUCUCUGGGAUCCUGACAACCGUACAGUUAAAACUGUCACCAUAUGUCAAUUAUUCAUUUCGUGUAAUAGCUGUGAAUGACAUUGGAAGUAGCCAACCUAGCGAAGCCUCUGAAAAAUACUUUACAAAAGCUGCAAAGCCAGAUGACAAUCCUAGUGGUGUUCAAGGGAUUGGAUCAGAACCUGAUAAUUUGGUGAUCAUGUGGGAGCCGUUAAAGCAUUUUCAGUCCAAUGGUCCAGGGCUCCGGUACAAAGUCAGUUGGCGGCAGAAGGAUGGUGAUGAUGACUGGACAUCUGUUACAGUUGCAAAUGUAUCGAAGUAUAUUGUGUCUGGUACACCAACCUUUGCUCCAUAUGAGAUAAAAGUACAAGCAAUAAAUGACUUGGGACCUGCUCCAGAACCAGCAACAAUAAUUGGCCAUUCUGGAGAAGAUCUACCAAUGGUUGCUCCAGGCAAUUUACAGGUACAAGUUGUAAACAGCACAUUAGCAAAAGUGCAGUGGGAUCCAGUUCCGCUAAAAUAUGUACGAGGUCAUCUCCAGGGAUACAAAAUAUAUUAUUCAAAAAUGGAAAGUUCUGGAAGAGUUAAACAGAAUGCUGAAAGAAAGGUGUUGGCUUUCUCUGGAAAUAAGACACGUCGAAUGUUGCCAGGACUGGAGCCAUAUAGCACCUACAAACUGAAUGUUAGAGUGGUUAAUGGGAAAGGAGAAGGACCAGCAACCCCUGAUGAAACCUUUAAAACUCCAGAAGGAGUUCCCAGUGCACCCUCCUUUUUGAAGAUUACUAAUCCAAAUCUGGAAUCCCUCACAUUGGAAUGGGGUCCACCUUCUCAUCCAAAUGGUGUUCUGGUAGGAUAUAUACUGAAGUUUCAGCCAAUUAAUAAUACACAUGAAUUAGGCCGCUUGGAAGAGAUCAGUAUACCAGCCAAUGAGACCAGCUUGAUAUUAAGCAAUUUAAAUUACAGCACACGAUACAAGUUUUACUUCUAUGCACAAACAUCAGUUGGAUCUGGAAUUCAAAUAACAGAGGAGGCAGUAACAAUUAUGGAUGAAGGUAAGAUGGUGCCACCAGUGUAUCCAAGGAUCAAAAAUGUUACGGCAGCUGCUGCUGAGAUCUAUGCCAAUAUCAGUUGGAAGUAUGAGGGUCCAGCUCAUGAGAACAUUUAUGUUGAAUAUGGUGUGGCAGGCAGCAAAGAAGAAUUGAAAAAAGAAAAUGUUAAUGGUUCCUGGAGCUUCUUUGUGUUAAAAGGAUUAACACCAGGAACAUCAUAUAAAGUCCGGGUUGGUGCUGAGGGUCUUUCUGGUUUUAGGAGUUCAGAGGCUGUGUUUGAGACAGGUCCAGCAAAGGCAAGCCGACAGGUUGACAUUGCUACUCAAGGAUGGUUCAUUGGUCUUAUGUGUGCAGUUGCUCUUCUCAUCUUGAUUUUGCUGAUAGUUUGUUUCAUAAGGAGAAAUAAAGGUGGAAAAUAUCCAGUGAAAGAAAAAGAGGAUGCUCAUGGUGAUCCAGAAAUACAGCCUAUGAAGGAAGAUGAUGGAACACUUGGUGAAUACAGUGAUGCUGAUGACCACAAGCCUCUAAAAAAAGGAAGCAGGACACCUUCAGACAGGACUGUGAAAAAGGAGGACAGCGAUGAUAGUUUAGUUGACUAUGGAGAAGGAGUUAAUGGUCAGUUCAACGAGGAUGGCUCCUUUAUUGGACAAUACAGUGGUAAAAAAGAGAAAGAACCCGCAGAAGGGAAUGAAAGUUCUGAGGCUCCUUCCCCAGUUAACGCAAUGAAUUCAUUUGUCUAAUUAAAUAAACUCUGUCCCAUUCUCAAACAA